GAACUAUUAGCUUUGUAUAUAAUUGUGAACCAUGAUUACGAUGAAAAAGCCUAUACCGUUCGGACUCCUUUUAUCUAUACUUCGUGGGUAAGAGCUAGGGUUAGUUGAAGUUGCUAAAGUACAUAGGUGAAGUGUAUGUCGUCGGGCAAAUAACUUGUACAUUAUUUAAAUAAACAAAAAUGUCGCAUAUCGACCGUGAUUUAGACUUAUCAAAUGCGUCUCGUGGUGUUUGGCUUGUUAAAGUGCCAAAAUAUAUAGCCAGCAGAUGGGAGAAAGCCCAAGGUGAAACAGAAGUUGGGAAAUUGAAGAUAACAAAUACACAAGGACAGAAACCACAAGUGUCUCUCACACUGUCACAGACUAUUUUAAACCUGAACGAUGCAGGAGAAGAACCAAUUCCAAAAGAUCACAGAUUAGACUUCUCUACUGUAACUCAGCAGACUCUUGGUGUUUUUUCACAUAUGAUCCCUGAAAAAACUGAUUCAGUAGUGCCAGAAACAGAAAAGUUGUUUAUGGAAGGCAGCAUUGUACAAAAACUUGAAUGUAGACCAUAUGCUGAUAAUUGUUACAUGAAACUUAAACUAGAAUCAAUCAGAAAGGCUUCAGUGCCUACCAUGCAGGCUAAACAUAUGGAGAGGAUUGUUCAAAACUUCAAGCCUGUUUCCAAUCACAAACACAAUGUUGAAUAUCAACAGAAGAAGAAAGCUGAGGGCAAGAAGGCAAGAGAUGAUAAAGAAGCUGUUUUGGAGAUGUUAUUUGCUGCAUUUGAGAAGCAUCAGUAUUAUAAUAUCAAAGAUUUAGUUAAGAUCACAAGGCAGCCCAUAACUUAUCUUAAAGAGAUUUUGAAGGAUGUAUGCAACUAUAAUCUUAAGAACCCCCACAAAAAUAUGUGGGAGUUGAAACCUGAGUACAGGCAUUAUAAGGAUGAUGACGAUGAUGAUGUCAAGAAGAAAGAUAAAGGUAAUGAUUCUGAUGAAGACUGAUGAUUUAUAUUCAAAUUAUGGAUUUAUAUGAUCGAAUAAAGCAAAAGUUCAAUUAAGUAUAUUUAGAAAUCAAUAUAAGUGUGAAAUAAGGUGUAAAUUAGCCUAUUUGUUAUUCGAAUGUGUUAAAUCUUUCCGGUUUAUUUUGUUCUGUCUUUUCUCUUUUGUCAACCUUGCUGUCCACAAUCGUUCUGACUAACUAAAGAUCUUUCUGACACUG